AAUAACAUUCGACCACAAAGCAAAAAGGCUGUGAGUACCAAUCUCUCCCGCUCUCUCUCUCUCUCUAUCCACCAUCUCUCUGUGUUCUUCUUACACAGAGACACCGAGAAUGGCGGAUCCUGAUUUGUCUUCUCCGUUGAUCCAUCAUCAAUCAUCCAUCGAUCAACCCGAGGUUGUUAUCUCAAUCGGCGUUGACGACGACGACUCCUCCUCCUCCACCGACUCAGGACUUAAUCUCCCCUCCGCCGUUGGUGUUGUUCCACGUGGUUUUCAAUUCGACCAUUGUAAUAACCCUUACGGGUUUCUCAGCGAGACAGAACCUCCUGUUCUUGGUCCGACAACUGUGGAUCCAUUCCGGAACAAUACUCCUGGUGUUUUCGGAUUGUACGAAGCGAUUAAGAUCGUGAUUUGUCUCCCGAUUGCUUUGGUUAGACUUGUUCUCUUUGGUGCUAGCUUAGCUGUUGGUUACUUGGCUACCAAACUUGCUCUUGCUGGCUGGAAAGAUAAAGAGAACCCUAUGCCUCUUUGGCGUUGUCGAAUCAUGUGGAUUACUCGGAUCUGUACCAGAUGUAUCCUCUUCUCUUUCGGUUAUCAGUGGAUAAGACGGAAAGGGAAACCUGCACGGAGGGAGAUUGCUCCGAUUGUUGUAUCAAACCAUGUUUCUUAUAUUGAACCAAUCUUUUACUUCUAUGAACUAUCACCGACCAUUGUUGCAUCGGAGUCACAUGAUUCACUUCCAUUUGUUGGAACUAUUAUCAGGGCAAUGCAGGUGAUAUAUGUGAAUAGAUUCUCACAGACAUCAAGGAAGAACGCCGUGCAUGAAAUAAAGAGAAAAGCUUCCUGCGAUAGAUUUCCUCGUCUGCUCUUAUUUCCGGAGGGAACCACAACUAAUGGGAAAGUUCUUAUUUCCUUCCAACUUGGCGCUUUCAUCCCUGGUUAUCCUAUUCAACCUGUAGUUGUCCGCUAUCCCCAUGUACAUUUUGAUCAAUCCUGGGGGAAUAUUUCUUUGGUGAUGCUCAUGUUUAGAAUGUUCACCCAGUUUCACAAUUUCAUGGAGGUUGAAUACCUUCCAGUAAUCUAUCCCAGUGAAAAGCAAAAGCAGAAUGCUGUGCGUCUCUCACAGAAGACUAGUCAAGCAAUUGCAGCAUCUUUGAAUGUCGUGCAAACAUCCCAUUCUUAUGCGGACUUGAUGCUACUUAACAAAGCAACUGAGCUAAAGCUGGAGAACCCCUCAAAUUACAUGGUUGAAAUGGCAAAAGUUGAGUCGCUAUUCCAUAUAAGCAGCUUAGAGGCAACACGAUUUUUGGAUACAUUUGUUUCCAUGAAUCCGGACUCGAGUGGACGUGUUAGGCUACAUGACUUUCUUUGGGGUCUUAGACUGAAGCCUUGCACUCUUUCUAAAAGGAUAUUUGAGUUCAUCGAUGUGGAAAAGGUCGGAUCAAUCACUUUCAAACAGUUCUUGUUUGCCUCCGGUCAUGUAUUGACCCAGCCGCUUUUUCAGCAAACAUGCGAACUAGUCUUUUCGCAUUGCGAUAGAGAUGGAGAUGGCUAUAUUACAAUUCAAGAACUUGGAGACGCUCUCAAAAACACAAUUCCAAACUUGAACAAGGCCGAUAUUCAAGGAAUUUACAAUUUGCUAGACGACGACCAAGAUGAAAGAAUCAGCCAAAACGACUUGUUGACCUGCUUAAGAAGAAACCCUCUUCUCAUAGCAAUCUUUGCGCCUGACUUUGCUCCAACAUAACACAAAAGAGAGAAAAUGGUGGAGAAGCUUUGUGAUCGGUGCGAUGAUAUAAACUUGUCUAUGUGGUAUACCUUUUUGUUUUGUCUUCUUUGUAUGUCAGUUGUUUCAGUUAGUAAAAAGAAGAAGGGGAUGCUAAGUUUUUGGCCUAUACAUACCCUCUCCAACAUGGAUCCAUCCUUGGACUCUAUAACUGCGUGUCGUCUCUACCCAAAAAAAACGCUAUGUUGUUUGCUCUUCUAGUUCUGAGCAAACUUCGCUGUAUUUGUUUUUUGUUUUUUGUCAAUUUUUGAGGUUACAUUACUAAUCACAUAUGUUGUAUUAUCCAAAUUUCGAAUGUAUCAGUGUUAUUUUUUUUAA